GAACGUUUCCACCCGCUGCAGAAGAUGGACACCAACAGGAUCGUCAGCUGGGGCGGCCAGGGCCCGGGGAGCUGGGGUAGGACUGCGGGCAGGCUCUCCAUCGGCCCCGGCAGUACCCGGAGGAAGGAGCUGAAGGAAAUCCUCCUGCAGAGCAAUAGCCCUGGCAGCACCAUGCGGUUUGCCACCACUCAGAAGACAUCCAAUGGCAGCAGGAUCUCCCUGGACCUCGAUCCCAGCCUGCUGACCAGGAGAGACUUUGUGACGGGCUUCACCGCUCUCCACUGGCUUGCCAAGCAUGGCCACCAUGAGAACUUCAUUCAGGGACACGAGCUGCUCAUCAAAGUGCUGGUGGGAGCUUACGGGGCGGACACCAGCCGCAGGGACCACAACGGGCGCAAGGCUUGGCAGUACCUGAGGGCAGACACCUCCAGGGAGCUGAAGGAGCUGGCGGGGGCCUCGGAGGAGGACUUGGUCCAGCUGCGCUCUCACAACACCAACAACAACUGUAAGUCAUCCAGAGAGGCCAGGGCAGGGCGGGACUGCGUGGACUCCAGGGCCGAGGGGAAGCGCUCCUGGAGCCUGUCGACCCUCCGGGACUUUGUCAGACAGGCGUUCACUUUCUUCCAAGAGCAAUGA